AUGUUUCGAGCCUCGCCUUGGAUCAGUUUUAAACCUGACGUCCAUCAGGAAGAUCAAAUGGACAACGACGUUGACAUGGAUGCUCCCCAAAUCUCGACGCUGCGCGAAGAGGAGACACCUCCGCCCCCGAAGGUGACCAGGCGAAUCAGGCUAGUCGUAAAGGAGAAACCUCCUGUGUCGCCCGCACCGUCGGUAGCCAGAACUCAGGCCACGGAAGACGACGUCGACAACGACAACGACGAGGACGAAGAGGACCAGCUCAUCGACGAUGACAACGACGGUGCGGCGUCUGUGCCCCCUGUGGUCGAGACCCCGUCACCGACAAAACGCAAAGCGGCAGCUAAACGUAAACCGCGCAAGUCUGAGAAGCAGACACCGCAGGCUACCCAGGACGAGAAGAAGGCGCGAGAGAAGGGAACGAUAGCGCAUGAAGAACCUGAGGAAUCGAAGCCAGCGCCUGAAGCCAUCGUGCCUCUCAGCGCUGUGCCCCCUUCGCUAUCUCCGGCAAAGGGUGGUCGCAAACGUGCACCCCGUAAACCUGCUGCAAACCCCCGCCCCAAGAAGGCUCCUAAACUAAUGAAACCUGUUAUUCCUCCCAUACCUCCUACGGAAGACAGUGGAAUGUACAGCGAUGCUGCUUUCACUGGCACGGCGGCCUCAUCUCCGGUGACGACCCAGAUCGACGUGGGCUCGCCUGAUCCAGAAUCAGAACCGAUUCAACUCCCCCCUCCUGCUGCCACAACCCCAGAGGACACACCCCUCGACGCCAUGCUCGAGAACGUCGCCCUCCCGAUCUACCCCCUCCCCAACAAACCCUUCCCCGUACAACACCCGCCCAAAAUCGCCACCGGAUUCGCGCCUGUGAUCCCAUUAGACAGGACCGGCAGGAAGGUCCGCCAUUGGCGCGUUGCCAACCGCGAAAUCCGCGGAAUUGCGGGCGGACGAUGGUUCGUGCACUGUUGGGUUGGCGAUAAGGAGUCAGAGUAUGCUUCGCGCGCCGAUGGUUUACUUGGGUCUGGCGCGAUGUCCCUGCCGAGAUUGGUCGCGUCGUCGUUGUCUGCCCCGCAUCUAGGACGGGGCAAGUCCAAGGGCCUGAGAGGUGGUAUGGUCGCAUCUGCCGGAUCGUCUCGCGCAGGUUCAGCCGCCCCGGAUGCUACUGCUGUCCGCAUCCCAACAAAAAUGAGGAACAUCGUCAGCGCUGCUCCCUCGGAGCCAGAUAUCCCAAUCAACGACAUGGACUCGCGACCCGUCGAUUAG